UCCAAAUCUUGGAUCUAUUUAGCAUAUCUCGUACGUAAGAUUCAAAUUAAAAUCUGAAUAGAUUUGGAAUGGUUUGGGAUUUACCUUCAGAUACCCAUUUUCUGAUUCCGUUUAUAUAUAAAGCCUAGUAUAAAACCCUAGCCAUCGUCUAACCUCGCCAGCCUUUCGUCUUCGGCCGCUACUCCAACCCUCCCACCCGAUUGAGACUCAAGGGCGGAAAUAAAAGCUAUUCAGCCGCUCCAAGCCUCCCACCCGACUGAGAUUAGCCAGGACGGAAAAAAAACAUAGGAAAAACCGGGGAAAACAAAAGAAAAGCGGGAAAAUUUGAAAGGAUGCCACCAGAAAAUUCGGCAAUUGGUCUUUCUUGGGCUCCAAAGGUGCCUCCUUUAACCAAUGGGACCAAAAACAGCUCCGAGAAAUUGCCUGGCCAAACGAAAGAUUCUAUUUGGAGAUCUGACAACGAACUCGUGGACGGAUUGUAUGUUCCUCCUGCUGAUCCGCGAAAGUUGAAUAAAUUGCUGAAGAAAAAUGUUAAAGAUACUGCUGGUGGAAGCUGGUUUGAUAUGCCUGCUCCUACUAUCACUCCGGAGUUAAAGAAAGAUCUUGAGAUUCUCAAGCUGAGGAGUGCUAUCGAUCCAAAAAGGCACUUCAAAAGGGGAGAGAAAUCCAAGGCCCUCCCAAAGUAUUUCCAGGUGGGUACUGUUAUUGAGCCUGCAUCUGAGUUCUUCUCGGGCAGGCUGACAAAGAAAGAGAGAAAGGCAACAUUAGCAGAUGAACUGCUAUCUGAUCAUACCUUUACAUCUUAUAGAAAACGUAAGGUCCAAGAAAUUGAGGAGCAACGUCAACCUGGUGGUGUUGAUAAGUGGAAGAUUAAGGGUCGACAGACAUGGAAACGAGCCAAGCAAAGAAGGGAAAAGGCUGGUCAUUGAACUGAUUGUUUGGAUUCAAGAGAAGAGACUGAUCAGUCAGAUAGAGAAACUCUCUUUUCCUUUUUCCUUUUUUUUUUCCCUCUUCUAUGUUGGUUUUUUUCCUUCUAUUUUUGUAAGCAACGAUGUCAUGACAGAGUUGGAGGAUAUAUGCCAACAUUAUUAUCUGGAAGAGCCAUUGUGUGUCAGAAUUUUACAGCCCUGUUUAGCAUCUAAUUGACGGUAGUGGAAUGUGUAAAAUCUAUGAUUGGUUGAUCCA